UAUAAUCCUUCCCUUCUUAUAGGUAUAGUUCUCACAACUUCAUCUACUUAAAGCUUUCAGACCCUAUUACUCUCUCUCUCUCUCUCUCUCUCUGAAUUAAGCUUGAAAAAUCCCCAGAGCUCCCCCUUACCUACAAGGUGAUUUUCUUUAAGCAUUUACCUUGGUCAUAUCGAGUGAAUUCACGAUUAGUAUUGUCGACGGAGAUGAGUUGCCCCUGGUUAAAAGUUGAGAGAUAAUUAAGCAGGAUGGCUUCUGUCCAGGGAAAAGAAAAGCCAGCAGCCAUAAAGUUUCAGAAGAGCUACUUUGAUGUGUUGGGGUUGUGCUGCGCAUCAGAAGUUCCUCUGAUAGAGAAUAUCCUCAAGCCUCUUGAAGGUGUGAAAUCGGUUUCAGUGAUUGUGCCUUCCAGAACUGUCAUUGUUGUCCAUGAUAGCCUUCUCAUUUCCCAGCUUCAAAUCGUUAAGGCACUAAACCAAGCAAGGCUAGAAGCAAAUGUGAGAGUGUAUGGGGCAGGGGACAUUUACAAGAAAACGUGGCCAAGUCCAUAUGCAAUUGGUAGUGGCGUGUUACUGGUUCUAUCAUUUCUCAAGUACGCAUAUCGGCCAUUAGGGUGGUUGGCCCUUGGAGCCGUGGCCGUUGGCAUUUUCCCCGUUGCUUUGAAAUGUUUUGCGGCUAUUCGGAAUUUCAGGUUUCAUGACAUCAACAUUCUUGUUAUCAUUGCCGUAAUUGGGACAAUUGCUUUGAAGGACUAUACAGAAGCUGCCUCGAUUGUCUUUCUGUUCACCAUUGCAGAGUGGCUCCAGUCUUCUGCAGGUUACAGGGCAAAAGCAGUGAUGUCGUCGUUGAUGAGCAUGGCCCCCCAAAUAGCAGUCUUAGCAGAGAGUGGAGAAGUUGUGGGUGUUGAUGAGGUAAAGUUGAACACAAUUCUUGCUGUUAAGGCCGGCGAAAAGAUACCGAUUGAUGGAAUAGUUGUUGAAGGAAAAGCUGAAGUCGAUGAGAAAACACUAACUGGAGAAUCCUAUCCAGUUGCCAAAGAAAAGGACUCCACUGUUUGGGCAGGCACUAUCAAUCUUAAUGGUUAUAUUAGCGUGAAAACUACAUCAUUGGCUGAAGAUUGUGCGGUCGCCAAAAUGGCAAAACUCAUCGAAGAGGCUCAAAACAGCAAAUCCAGAACUCAAAGAUUCAUUGACAAAUGUGCAAUGUUCUAUACCCCAGCGGUCCUGGUCAUUUCUGUUUCUAUCGCGGUGAUUCCAGCUGCAUUACAUGUUCACAAUUGGAGAAAGUGGUUUCACUUAGCUUUGGUUGUUUUAGUGAGCGCCUGUCCGUGCGGUCUCAUCCUCUCUACACCCGUUGUGACUUUCUGCACGCUCACAAAAGCGGCAACAUCUGGACUUCUGAUCAAAGGAGGUGACUACAUUGAGAUACUUGCUAAAGUCAAGAUCAUGGCUUUUGACAAAACUGGUACAAUAACAAGGGGUGAAUUUGUGGUGAUGGAUUUUCAAUCUCUUCGUGAUGACAUUAGCUUGAACACAUUGCUUUACUGGGUUUCAAGCAUUGAGAGGAAGUCAAGUCAUCCAAUGGCAGAUGCGCUGGUUGACUAUGGAAGAUUGUUUUCGGUCGAGCCAAACCCUGAGAAUGUGGAGGAGUUUCAAAAUUUUCCCGGCGAAGGUAUUCAUGGGAAAAUUGAUGGACAAGAUAUCUACAUUGGAAACAGAAAAAUAGCUUUGAGAGCUGCUUGUGAAAUAGUUCCAACAAUUGAAGGUUCGAAAGGUGGGAAGACGAUUGGAUACAUAUACUCUGGGGGAGCCCCUGCUGGAGUCUUUAUGAUAUCUGAUGCUUGUCGAUCUGGGGCUGCAGAGGCUCUCAAGGAACUAAAGAAGUUAGGCAUUAAAACAGCUAUGCUCACAGGAGAUAGUAAUGCUGCCGCAUUGCAUACAAAUGAGCAGCUUAAGCAAGCUCUCGAGGUAGUCCAGGCAGAACUUCUACCUGAAGACAAGGCAAGAAUCAUUAGAGAAUUUAAAAUGGAAGGAAACACAGCAAUGGUUGGAGACGGGAUCAAUGAUGCCCCUGCUUUAGCUACUGCCGAUAUUGGUAUCUCAAUGGGCAUUUCAGGAUCAGCCCUUGCUCAAGAAACUGGGAAUAUAAUUUUACUGUCAAAUGACAUUAGGAAACUACCGAAAGCAGUCCAACUUGCGAGAAGAGCUAAUAGAAAAGUGAUUGAGAAUGUGGCUUUGUCAAUCACUGCUAAGGCUAGUAUCCUUGCACUGGGAUUUGCAGGGCAUCCGCUUGUUUGGGCUGCAGUUCUUGCUGAUGCCGGGACAUGCUUGCUUGUGAUAUUCAACAGCAUGCUACUCUUACAAGGAACCAACAAGCAUGGAGGGAAAACUUCUGCACCACAUGGCCAUAAACAUGGAAGCCAUGGACAUGGCCAUAAACAUGGAAGCCAUGGACAUGGCCAUAAACAUGGAAGCCAUGGACAUAGCCAUUCUCACAAAAACCAACAUUGUUGCUCGGACAGCAUACCCGUAAAAGUCUGUAAACCUCAAAAGUGUUCCUCGCAGAAAUGCGGAUCAGAGUGCCAUCCUAGUCCCUUAAAUUCAAGCUUUCCUUGUAAGCUUAAGUGCAGUGAUGACUUACACGAGGCACGACACUGUGAUGAAACAAGCUGCAUCAAAGUCAGUCAUGAUCUCGAGUCACAGAAUAAACACAAUCAUGGUUGUUUGAGGCAUCAUAAUUUCAGCUCAUGCGCAGAAGGUGAUAAACUUCACGAGGAAAAACACUGCAAUCAUUCUGCUUCUCCUUUGGUGGAAAUUCAAAAGUUGACAAGUAAAGGUCAUUGCCACACGACCCACUGCGGCAAAGAGCACAGCAGAAAUGAAGGUGAUGGAGUCCAUGAGGAAAAACACUGCAAUUAUUCUGCUUUUGCUUUGCACGAAAGCGAAAAAUUGACAAGUAGUGUUCAUUGCCACUCAAGCGACUGUGGAAAGGAGCAUGUUAGAAACGAAGAUGAUGCAAUCCAUGAGCCAAAACACUGCAACCAUUCUACUUUUUCCUUGGAGGAAAGCAGAAAGUUGACAAGUACUGGUCAUUGCCACUCAACUCAAUGUGGCAAAGAUCAUAUUCACAAUGAAUCGUUAGGAGAAACGUUUGCCACAAGAUGUGAUCAUCAGCCCCACCAUAAUCAAGACAAACAAUCACCCCCUCAUCACACGACGAUUGAUAUUGUAGCGGGUUGCAACCGCACAGAAUCAGCCGCAACGAAUUCUUGCAUUGGCUCCCGGACAGCGGAAAAGGAAGCAUGUUGCUCAGAAUUAGUAGCAAUUCAUGCUUGUGUGUUGGAGAAAAGAGAAGUCGGUGGGUGCUGUACAAGCUACAUGAAGGAAUGCUGUGGUUGUCAUGGGCAUGUUGGUUCUAGCUUUCAGGGUUGUUUAUCAGAAAUCACAAUGGAAUAGAUGUAACUGACUGAAAA